CCCCAGAAUACCCAGCUUGAUUCAAUUCAUUCGACUUAUCGGAAUAUAUCCUGGAUAAAUGAAGUGGUCCCUAUUGAUUACUUGAAGAGACCAUGCUGAACUUUGCUUUUUGGCUUUUUUCCCAAGACUUGCUCGCGCAACUCAGUUGUUUCGACCUCCCACUUCAGCCUCAUCUUCACCUUAUGUGUUUCCGGGUCUAGACCGAUUAUCGUCACAGGUGUUUGGGUUAAUGCAAAUAUACUGUUCUUCCCAAAAUGGGUCGUAAAGAGGCCGGCUUCUUAUCCAUCCCCAUGACACCAAAGGAUUCAAAUUCCGACAAUCCAACCUCGACCGGGCCUGUUGCUGGCCCGGAACGACCCAAAUCUGUCCUAAGUUCUCGUUUGUGGGGGAUUGCUUAUCCAUUACACUUGGUGGCCCUGGGUCUGACGGUUGCUGUGCUCCAGCUGAGCUUCCGCGAGGUCUACUUCGCGGACGUUGGCGCCUAUGGGUUGCUGGGCGGCCUGAAUGUGAAUGAGGCGAUCAAAGGAAUACAAGUCGCCGCCAAGUUCCAUGAGAUUUUCAUGGUCGCAUCCCUGGCUGCUAUCGUUUCCCACCUGACCCGGAGCUGCCUGCUUGGGAAGCGAGGAGUGCCUCUGGGUUUGGUUUCCGCGCCGUUCAAGGUCGGCUCGGCAGAUUACAUCUUCAGUCGAGAGUUUUUUGGUAGUAUCACUCGGCCUUACGGCCUCUUCUCGCUCGGGAUUCUAUUGACCACGAUCGUCAUGUUAGCACUUGGGCCCGCAUCUGCAAUGGCACUUGUCCCCAGCAUUGGUUGGUGGGAAGUAUUAAACCCUUACUCCGGGCUCGACCGUCCCAUCUGGAUAGGUGCUCAUCCCGAAGACCUCUGGCCUCAGUCAAUCACCCCAGAGCCUGGAGAAACUUGCACCGUAGAAAGUAUCGUGGCAUCAUGCCCAGCAGCGGGGUUCAGAGACCUCCAAUCAUGGGCAAGCUCCAACGUCAAAACAGGUCGUCCUGCAAAUAUUACUUUAAUGGAGCCAAUGAGCGGGACCAGGCGACGGUUGCAGUCCCAGUUUGAGGAUCCGUCAGAUGAGACAUUGCUGAGUUACUUCCCUCGUACACCGGACCUGAAUAAUGUGUCCACGAGUGAACGCCGUGGGUACGAAAUUUAUCUAAAUUCAGCGGGCAUAACAACCCUGACCACGACGGCUAGUCACUGGGUAACGUUAUUACUGGGAGGAUUCUGGACCUACGCUAACACCAUGAACCUGGGGCUAAUUAAUCGAUCUGCCCGACCAAAGUUUAAGAUUGACAACGCUCCCAUUUAUGAACCGCUUGUGAGUGUUCGAUGCGCUGCAUAUGACUAUCGUUCAAGCCGCGAGAGCCAGGGAUACUUGACAGCUCCAUACGUGAGGAAUGCCUUUGGGGCCACUGGUCUCACCGACUAUAACAACAUUGGCUGGGCUGUCCCUCAAACAGCUUGGAACUUUUCCCGGCCUCUAAAUUCCCUGAAUUUUACAUGGAUUAAUGUGCAGGCCCUGGGUGUGAAUGCGUCUAUUGGUGGCCUGUUUUCUAUCCCGUAUCCAAAUGUGUUGUCGAAUGGGACGGCAUUGCAGGAAAGCGUGCUUCUUCCCUGUACCGUCGAGGCGCGUUGGAUCGCGAGUGAGCUGGUCUAUGAUCCCAUGUCGUCAGACAUUCUCUCGGACAAUGUCACUGAUCCCAUCAAUUUCGCACAUGGCCAUCAUGCCGAGUACGACGUCUUGGACAACGCCGCAAGAUUCGGAGCCUCGCCGAUUAUCAACAUCACCGACGAUUGGGCCAACCAAUUGAAUAUCCCUGUUAGAUCUCAUUCUAUUGUUCCUGGUGAUAACACUUCGAUAGCCGGCCUUGCUGAAAUGUAUUUGGCGCGAACCUUUCGCAACCAGUCUCUAUAUACCUUUGUCACCACACCGGACGCUCAGUACCAAGUAAAUAGCUCUGUCUUUACCCGGGAUCUGACUCAAAUGAUAGGGACAGUUCUUGGGCUCGCAGUCACCGACGGCCUUUCACGCCUCCGUUAUGGAACCCGGGAACUGAACGUCAUUUACCAUCGCAAUUCGACCACUACCAGCAGCAGCUCUCUCAUUAGCCAGGCGGGCCCGCAAGGCAGGGUUUACAACGAUACUCAUGCCUCCAAUCUGUCAAGCAGCUUGGCGGCCAGCGGCUCCUUCUACAAUCUGGAUGUUCAACGCUGGGGCUACGGAUACGGGCUAGAAACCAAGGCUUCGCGUUUCAGCGUGUCGAUCUUGAUGUUGUAUGGUUGCAUAGUCCUGUGCUAUAUCACCUGGUUUAACAUCCAAAGCUACGCCCGCCCGCGUUCCGACUGGUCCUUGAUUACGAACAAGUGGUCGACCAUCUCGGAGAUGCUGGCUCUGGCAAUCAACUCGCCGCCGUCCACCAAGUUAGAUGGCACAUGCGCUGGAAUAGAAGCCAAACAAUCCUGGAAGCAGAUCAUCCGGAUACGAGAGGUUGAAGACAAGCACCUGGCACUAGUUGUCGGAGAGGGCCGAAAUGGACAUCCCCGAGUUCAGCGCAAUGUUCAGUAUGGAGCUCUACCCUCGGUUCCAGUGCGGCCUAUACCUAGGGAGGCGGAGCAAGAUGAGCGUUAG